AUGCAUGCGGGAAAACCGAUCACCGAGUGCCUGCAAGGACUCGGUUUGCUUGCGCCGGGUCCCAAACCGACCAAGUGUCAAUGCUCAGCUUUGGCGAAGACUGUUUAUGGACACAUCGCUGGGCUUAUAGACUCCAUCGAAGAAGAAGAUCGUGCUAUUGAUCAUGCCAAGAGCCUGAACGAACGGAUCGAGGACCGAACAAUUGAGUGGGUAGACAAGUAUAGCGAUCUCUGGACACUCAAGAACCGUGGCAGCCUCUUCCCUCACGCACCAACCAUUGCCUCUUGGGUUGAACAACUCGUACGGAAUAAGCUAGAUCGCGCCGACUCGAACAAGAAACAUAAGGGGGCAAAAAGUCUUCUGGACGGAAACCCCAGCGACGACAAUCAAGCUCAAGGCGUUACGAACGAGGGCCCCGUAUCUAGCACGCAAGACGUCGAAAAGGUGAUAUUCCCGCACGAUCUGAGGCUCAGAAUGCAAUUCCAGCAGCUGCUGCAAUUUUCAGUCCGGCGCCUACGCUCGGCGCCUACGCUACAAGCAUCGGACUUCAACGCUAUUACCGCAUACCGGAGUCCCAAACCCCAUCCAACCCAGGCCGAUAGACCAUUCCAGGACCCUCAUCCAGAUUUUUCGCCCCAGAACUUCUUCACAUCUUUAACAUAUCCCCCCACCGCUUUCCCCCAACCAAUGUUCCCGCGAAUUAUCUUCCUCGUUCGGCCUCCAGGAGACUACAACCGAUCUGCCGGACGCAUCAUGGGUCUUGCUGAGGCGCAGGACUUUGUGAACUUUCGUGCUGGCACGCUCGAAAGACUCGAGGCUAUUGGUGAACGCAUCGGCUCAAGGAGGUUGGUUGCUAAGCUGGAAUGGCUGCCUGUACCGGUUCUGAUGCAGAAUAGUCAUGACCAUCACUUCUUGCUUGAGGCGAUAAAGACAUGGUCAGAGUGGAAGAGACCAAGUUUGUGCGUCGUCUAUAUCAGUCUUGAAGACGAGGCUUAA